AGGAGCGUGGCAGGCGUGGUUGUUCUAACCGCGUACGAUCUUCAAUAUUCUCCUCUGGCGCGUCCACCCCUCUCACUCUCACUGACAGCCUCUGACAACCUGAAACCACCUGCGUGACACCAAAUUGUCCUUACCUCACAUCACACCCUCUUUCGAAGCGCGUAGAUCCGCUUUGAAGAUCUAUUUCCGACGUCAGUCUUGGAAUCAUUAGACCUGCUGCUGUAUUCUCCUUGCUCCUUGCUACUCACGCCUUGCUCGAUUCCUCUAUCCGAUUCGAUCCCAGUGCAGUCCAAAAAUCUAGCGCCGCGCAACUCAGUCUCUCCUUGUUCUGCUGUUCGGUUGAGGGUCUGAAAAAUAUCGGCCCGGUCAUAUGAGAUUAUGCUCUCCCACUGAUCGCGCACCCAUGAGACUCUCCCGUACGGAAAAUAUGCCAUGGCUGCCUCUACAUUUCUCCUGAAAAGUUCAACAAUGCCAAACUCCUCAUCCACCGACCAUCUACACUCGUCCUAUCCUCUUUCAGCGUGCCCAUCGUGUGGACAUGGGUUGCCAAUCAGCGCGUCCGCUGAAAACGACGCAGUUCUCGAGGCCCGUCGCCGGGUCGUCGAGCUAGAAGCCCAAAUAAAACACCUAAAUUCGAGAGCUGCCACCUCGGCCGACAAGCUGGCAGAUUAUGAAGAUGAAUUGCGUUAUUUACGCGAGGCACAUGCGAAGUAUCAGCAGCAGGCUCAAUCAAACAAUUCGCCACGAGAUGGUUUCUCAGCAACAACACCGCCGCAGCAACAAGCUCCAUCCCAACCACCACAGCCCUCAUUAUCGAGAUUAGCAAGUCUCAGUUCUCUCCUCCCAGGCCGAAGGAGAGAAGCAAAUGCCGCCAAUGCCGCCAACGCUGCCAACGCCCCCAGCACACCCGCCACACAGACCUUCCCACCGAACUAUAGUACACUAUCUCCUCCGAAGACGCCAUUCUACAACGGCAACCCGAAUAAAUCCGCUCCACAUCUUCAAUCCUCACAAUCAGACACUCAGAUUUUGACGCUUAAUUCGCUGCAAUCUUCUCUUGACGAAGAGCGGUCGUUGCGCCUCAGAGCCGAAUCUAGUCUGACACAGACACAAACCGAACUCGAGGAACUAACUGCUCAACUCUUUGGGCAAGCCAAUGAGAUGGUCGCCGCUGAGCGAAAAGCUCGAGCGAAGCUCGAGGAGAGAGUCAAAAUUCUUGAACAAAGAGACACCGACAAAAGGAAGAGGCUUGAUCGCUUAGAGAAAGCGAUCGCACGGAUCGAGAGAGUCAGAGGAAUGGUCGGUCCAACAUGAAGGCCACUCACAAAGACCGGGCCAUCCUUCUCCAGCUUGAUGUGUCGAGUUACAGGACAUCACCUAAGCUUAUUUUGACGAUAAUGGAUGUUCAACAGACUCCCCGCCGUUGUCACAGACAACAUUCACGGCUUGAGCGGUGCUCGCUCAUUCAUGUUCCCCUCUCUCACACCAGGAUAUGUGAAAUUGAUAGAUACCCUGCGAGAGAAUUGGACAACCAAAUCCAACUAGAUGCCAGAACCAGCGUACUUGCAUCCGAGUCAUCCAGCGUAUCAGUCGCUAAGAACAUGCACUCAAACAAUAAGGCCGCCCAGAUCCUUGGCUGGAAGGCACAGAGUCUCGAUCCUCGUGUCCGCUGAAAACGCAGAACGAAAUGAAGAACACGAAUUGAGCACAGAAGUAUGAUGGUCAUGAAGAACAUGCAGUUGUGGAAAAAAGGGGGUUUGAAAUGGGAAUAUGAAACCCUAUCCACAAUUCAUGGGGAUUCCAUCAUACACAUGGGUGUUGGAAGCAUUUUAAUGGAUAUAGACAUACA